AUGUCGGGCCACGGCCGGUACAGGGACCUUUGGGAGCACUACUACAAGGACUGCAAUGGCAUCAUUUUCGUGAUAGACAGCAGCGACCGGCUACGCCUGGUAGUGGUGAAAGAAGAACUGGACUUGUUGAUCCAGCAUCCGGAAAUUUGUAAUCGCAAGCUGCCGAUACUGUUUUUCGCCAACAAAAUGGACAGCAAGGAAGCUUUGAGCAGCGUUAAGAUAGCCUCGGGCCUGGGGCUAGAUAAGAUAAUGGACAAGCCGUGGCAUAUAUCGGCCAGUAACGCUUUGACUGGGGAAGGGUUACAGGAGGGGGUUGAAUGGUUGACACAGCAAAUACGAGAGAUGAUUAUGACAAAGACAUGA